AUGCAACAACGCCACGACGAUCCCUAUGCGGCCGCAGAAGCUCAAGCAACACAGGGUCAGUCUAUAGAGACCAGCAGUACCCUCAAGCACAAUAGCCAGCUGGAUGAAGGCAGCCUGGAAAGAAAGACGGAAAAAGGAUGCGGCGCUGAAGAAAAGAAGACGCCACAGGGCAAGAUAUGA